UUUUUUUCCUGAUAAAUCUGAGCCGUUACAGAGCACAACAGUCCGGAUCCUGGACAAUCCCGAGCCUCCACUCCAGGUUUUGUCGCCGCCACUUUUUAAAACCCCCCUGUACCUUCGAGCAGUAACACAGAGCAGCGUCAGGGCAGCACGAGCCGGCGCCGCGGCCACGAGCACAACACUCUUCUCCGGCCAGUGGAGGGAUGGGGGGCUCCAGCAGCAGCUGAACCCAGACGAACUGGACCAGGGGUCGAGGCGGAAGAAGUGCCCUCUGCCCACCCUCGGGUGACUUCUGUUGGAUUUACUCCGCGCCAACAUGCCGUUCGCCAAGCGCGUCGUGGAGCCCCAGUUACUGUGCAGGUACCAGGUCCCGAACGAGGAGGCUGUGCUCUUCGAGGACCUGGUCUCCAUCAGUCAUGUGGCUCUAUCCCGGACCUUGCGGCAGCUGUCGGACUUGGCCAAACACGCCUGCUCCAUAUUCCAGGAGCUGGAGAGCGACCUGGCCUCCACCAGCCUGCGGGUCAGGGGGCUGCAGAGGAAGAUCGGCCGGCUGCAGCAGACCUGCUCCGAGCUGGACCCCAAACAGGAGGCCGUGCCGGUGUCGAACCUGGAUGUGGAGAGUAAGCUGACGACACAUUACCAAGCUCCGUGGCACCAGCAGAGGAACAUUUUCCACCACUCCACGCGGCCAGUAUGUGUAGAAGAGCUCCACAGGCAAGCCAACCUCAGCCUGUGGGCCCUGCACCGAGAUCACCAGAGCAGACGAUCGGGCAACAGGGAGCGGAGAGUCACCAUCUCCAUCUCAGCCGUGCCCCCGAUGCCCAGGAUCCCUUCCCCUCACAUCAUCAAGAGACAAGACAAAAGUGGCACGAAUUUACCCACGUUUGAAUCCACCCGCUCCUCCUCCCCUACCGAAUGUUGUCACUUCUCUCCCUGGAGCAGAAAGGCUGCGCCCUCUGACCCUGACACUGAUGGGGUGGCUCUAGGUCACCGGUCUAAGUUUCCCAUCCCUAACAUCCCCUCCACCCUGGACAAGCAGACUAACUGGUCAGAAGCCUUGCCGCUGCCCACCCCAGAGGAACGAUUGAAAAGCAAUUCCCACGUCAUCGCCUCAUGUGUCAUCCCCAUUAAUGUGACUGGGGUUGGCUUUGACAGAGAUGCUAGUGUGCGCUGCUCGCUCGUUCACUCCCAGUCUUUGCUUCAGAGAAGGAGGAAGCUGCGGAGACGGAGGACUGUCACUGGCAUUCCCAGACAGGUGCAGCAAGAUUUGGACUCUGACGACUCUCCAAGUUCUAGAGAGCGGACAGUGAUCGUUCAUGUCAGUCCAAACAUCACUCCCUCUAAUGAGGAGCUGGCCAGCCAUUUCAGCACCAGAGACUCAGGUUGCCAAACUGAAGACUUUCUGAUCUCAGGAGCCCCAUCUCGCAGGAGGAUCAGGGCCCAAAGAGUCCAGGGAGUCUCCCUCUCCCUCUCUUACUCUGCAGGCAACAUCACCUCCUUGCCCGACAGAGCUGACGCCAUGUUCACUGCCUCUGUGGGCGCACGCCUGCGCUCCAGGAGUCUGCCUCGAGACACGAGCAGGAUCAUGGAUAACGGGCAAAAUGACAGCUAUGAUGAGGAGGAGCUUUCCACCUUCGACCCAGAGAACUUCCUGCCUGUACCCGGGAAGUUGCUUCUGAAGGAUGAAGAGGAGAGCACAGAUGACCAGGCCAUUUCUGAACACCAGUUGGGCCUCAAGUACAAGCAGCUCUCUGAGAGUCCAGAGCGCAGCUGGAUGGAGAGGACCAGAUCCCAGCUGCCCAGGAAGGCGGACAUGGGCAGCUGUGAGAUCUCCUCUAGUUCAGACACCUUCAGCAGCCCUGUCCAUUCCGUCUCUGCUGCAGGGGUGCUGGCAGGCCAGAUGGACCAUAAGGAGGACCACCAGUCUUCUAGCGGAAACUGGAGCGGGAGCAGCUCCACCUGCCCCUCACAAACCUCAGAGACAAUCCAACCUGCAGCCUCUCCACCUCUGACCGGCUCCUCACACUGCGACUCCGAGCUCUCCCUAAACGCCGCCACUCACAACCACGACGACUCGACCGGCUUCAUGCUGGACCACUACCAGGGCAUCAGGACCCAGCGGACGGGCUCCUUCUCCUCCACAGCGAUGGACAUAUUAGAGGAAGCAGGGGUCAGCACUCCCAUCGAGCAGGAGUGGAGUUACCCCCACUCCGAGAUUUCGCGCCCACAGGACUUCAGCCCCGAGCCAAACAGAGAAGCAGAGAGCAGCCUAGGCUGCCCAAGCUUCACCAGCAUGGCCACCUGCGAGAGCAGCUACUCUGACAAACCACCAUCAGAGAAGGCAGACACUGUGUCCCACUACUCUGUGGACACUGAAGGGUACUACACCUCCAUGCACUUUGACUGUGGUCUGAAAGGUAGCAAAAGCUUUACUUAUAACUAUGGCGCCUCUGGCUCCGACUGUGGCCUGUCUGACUUAAGUGGUCACAUGUCGCUGGCGAGACGCUGCCUCUCUUUAAGAAAGCCAAAGGCGAAGCCGUCUCCACCGAAGAGGAGUUCAUCCUUAAGGAAAAUAUGCAGUGAUGGCAAUAUCCAUGACAAGAAGGAACCAAAGAUUACAUGUGGGCAGCAACGUCCACUGUCUUCCAAGGAGAGGAGACUGCAGCUAGCUUUGUGCGGCUCUCCGGGUCUUAUAGAAAACUCUGCACGGUCCAGAGAGCCCCUUGUGAUCUGGGGGGUGGAGGGCUCAAUCGAUCUACCUGACCUAGGUGUUUUUAGCUCCACAGAUACACAUUCGUUUAAGGAUGAGGGGGUCGUUCAGUCAGACUAUGCAGAUCUGUGGCUGCUGAAUGAUUUAAAAUCCAGCGAUCCUUACCGAUCUUUGUCAAACUCAAGCACAGCUACAGGUACGACUGUUAUCGAGUGCAUGAAGUCGCAGGAGAGCUCAGAGUCACAGACAUCCCAGCCUGGCUCCAGAGCCACCACUCCCUCACUGCCGUCAGUCGAGGGUGAGUUUAAGCUGUCCUCUCCAGAGAAGUUAGCAGGCCUGGCCAGCCCAUCCAGCGGCUACUCUAGUCAGUCAGAGACCCCCACCUCCUCAUUCCCCUCCACCUUCUUUCCCGGGCCACUGUCACCAUCCAGUGGUAAGAGGAAGCCCAAAGUCCCUGAAAGGAAGUCUUCCCUUUCUUCCUUGUCCCUGCAGUCGCUGUCCUGCAGGGAUGGAGCCACCUCGAAGAGAGACCUGGAGCUGCCUAUAAUCCCUCCCUCCCACCUCGACCUAAGUGCCCUUCAUGGUGUCAACAAGGCCUCGGCUUACAGGACCCAGAUUCAAAUCCUUCAGCAAAACAAACACAAAGCUGCAGCGUCAGCCAAAGCUGCUGCAGCACCCACUUACUCAGAGGUGUUCAACACCCGCCCCCUGUCCAUCACACCCACCGUGCUGCACUCAGUGCAGCUCCGCUCCUUCAAUAAAGACACAGAGGAAAGUCACGAGGACAGAACAACUUUCAAACUGAAAUGUCCGACAGUGAACUUGAAAAGCACACUUUCCAGUAGUAAAUCAUUAGAGCUGAAGAGUCCACUGUUAUACAGCUCACAUCCUCAUUACACAUCUUCGCAGGAGUUCUCUAAAUCAAUGUUUAGCUCUAAUGAAGAGCUUACAUGUGGAGAAGCAGCAUGUCAGAGUGAGCUGAGGACCGAGCAGGACAAAGAGUCUUCUCUAGAGAGUGAGACAGCGUGCAGACUGCAGUCAGAGCCGUCAGCAGACGUCUGUGACACAACCACGAGCCAGGAAGCAGAGAUGUGCAGAGAGUCGGUAGAAAUACCUGCCUGCUCUGCUGACUGCAGCCCGCAGUCAGAGCCCGUAUCACAACCGAGAAGUGAGCCCUCUGAAGAGCAGCUGUGUUCAACUCCCUCUGUUCUGCACAGUUCACCCAAUGGAUCCCACAGUCUUGAUGAAGUGUCUGCUACUGACGGUCAAUCAGAGUCGAUACAAGAGAGUCCAAUCAGCAAUGAAGAUUACAAAGAGGAGGAAUGUGACUCAUCAGUUGUUUCAGCAGAAAGUGCCUCCCAGGACGGGAAGGACGAGUCCACACCAGAGACAGAGGAUUACUUCAGUAAAGACUCCACACCCAGUGACACUGUAGCGUCCCCGCUGAGUGAUGAGUCACGGCCAGAGGACGACAAUGUGUUUCUGUCACCCAACAAAACUCGCACCACUGAGGAUCUGUUUGCGAUGAUACACAGGUCCAAAAGGAAAGUGUUGGGUCGGAAAGACUCCACUGAGUUGGGCGCGAGGAACCGUGUCACUGCUGCAUCAGGAAACACACCACCCAGCAGCACCAUCAGCUCCCCAGUCUCACUGGUGUCGACCCCCUCCGCCGUGACCCCACCGGGCCCGCAGAGAGUCCCCGUGCCCAUCUACAGGAACGUAAAGAAGUCUAGCACCUCCAACGAGGAAUUUAAACUGCUGCUGCUCAAAAAGGGCAGCCGCUCAGACUCCAGUUACCGCAUGUCAGCGACAGAGAUCCUCAAGAGCCCCAUCGCUCCUAAAUCUCCGGGAGAUUCUCUGACCGAGUUGCCCGGGCAGCCUGAGGACUUCUCCUCCCCCUUGCAACAACAGCAGCAUAAUUCAGGGCCAGAUCAGAUCUCCAGCCCCUACCCCAAAGCCUACGCUGAGGGCUUCUCUCCCAAAUCCUUCUCCGCAUCUGCUGCGUCCAGGCAGGGCCGCUCCAGAAUCCCCCCGCCCGCCAACAGCAGCCGCUACGGCAUGCGCAGCAGACUGUUCUCAGCACCCAUGCAGGCCAUUUCUGAGGGCGAGACAGAGAACUCAGACGGAAGUCCUCACGAUGACCGCUCGUCACAGGGCUCCACGUAGAAAACAGAGUAUAAAUGUCAAAGGUAUGAAAUUAUUUUUUUAGUUUAAAAAUCAAACAGAUGGACCAGAGUGAGUAAUAAUAUAUACUAGUUGUGAUGAGAAUAAUUUGGUUACACAGAAGACUAGGGGAAAACCUAUGCUGUUAAAAAAAUCAUAAUUGAACUAAAUAUGGGUGAGUUUUAUAGCUGUUUCCUAUUUCUGUUUUUUUUGUGGAUAUUUUAAACCUGUGUUUCGCUGUGUUAAAAAAUAUUUUAUACAUAUAGUAAUUCUAAAAUUUAAAUAAAAUGUUAGUAUAAGAACUGGGUUAUUCAGCAGCUGCAUUUUGUAGAAAAAUAUGAUUUAUGAAAAUAAAUUACAGGUAAAACAUUUCUCCAGUUGAGUUCCACAGAAAACACAAGCUGGUUAGUGUAUGGCACAUUGCCCAAAGCCAUAUAUGACUCCCAGCUGACUCCCAACAAAACAAGUAUAUUCAUGUUUGAUCUGUUUUCACUGUUCUGCCGACAAAAAACUCUGAAAUUUCCAUAUUUUAUAGACAUUAAAAUAGAAAAAUAUAUUGUAAGAACUGUAUGUAUUCUAUGAAUACCUAUGCAAUUAGACACACAAUUUGUACAUUUUCUUACACCAGUUAUACCAAAAUUAUUUUGAUACCCACAACUGAACAUCAGGACAAACACAAACAGCACAAUCCAUCAACUCAAAGUCCUGGGAGACAUUUGAUGUAAUGUGUUUAAAUACUUCCCUCAGUCCCUUUUAAGAGCAUAUAUUAGUGAAAUCAAUGAAAUAGUGAUUUAUUACAACAUUUUAAAGUUCUAAUGCAAUAACGCUAGGGAUUAGAGGUGAGACAGGAAACGUCAGAGCCAAGCACUAAGUUGACAAUCUCUGGAGAAAAGGAGGGAGCAGGUGAAAACAUGGGAGAAGAAAAAGUUAUCAAAAAGUUGCAGGAGGUGAAACAGGAGAGCUUUAGGAGAAAGAAAAAAUGAAAAAAGAUUGAAAAAUGUAAUAAAAGUCAUUUGUGGUUUACUGACUGAAUUGUUGAAAGAAGCGAGUGGAAAGUGUUCAGGAGGAUCAAAAAUACAAAUACAGACAAUAAAGCUGUUUUCAGACAUGAACUCUGGAGAUUGGGUCCAGACUGCGUUCACAGCAACACAGAAACCCAAUCACCCAGGUGAGGGGGGGUGCAGCAGGCAGACGGAACAUAUAAAUUCAGCUGCGGAGAUCACGUGUUUUUGUUUACGGCACAUCAGCACCGGCGUCGGCCCCUAUCACCAAAAGCUAUCUCGACAUCUUCCUCUGUGUCUUUGACAUGUGUGAGAUGUUUGUAUUCUUUUAGUUUUUCAUUUUUGUGUCUGUCGCGUGUUAGAAACGUCAUCAACACACACGCUAACUCACAGUAAAUCCUGUGAAGGAUCUCCUACUGUGUUCUCACAUGGACUAACUAGGACAUUAUCCAGAGUUUUUGCGAGGGGGGAAGGCAGGAGAAACUGAUGAGUUUGCGUUCUCACAUACAGCCCCCCCGGAGAAUGUCCUUGGAUAAUCCAGAGUUCUGUGCAUGUCUGAAAGCAGCUUUUGUGACCAAGCAGCUUUGGGCCUCAGCAAGUUGAGUGUUUCAGUUACGAUGGAGGACGUAGGGUCACAUUAGGAGCCGGGUUAUCGUCUGCGAUGUAAGUUCUAGAUCUGGAGUUGUGGCAUUUGCUGCUAUUUUGUACCAGAUGUUGGUCUAUUUGACUCCCUGUCAGAAGCAGAACGGUCACAUUUUCUGUGUGAACUAAUCUCAAUAUAUUUAUUUUUAUACCCCACACAGAAAAUCUCCAUACACUCCCUGAUUUGGUUUAAAACCCCCCCAAAAAUGAUUUUUUUUUAUGAAAUCAUGCAAUGAAUUGCUGUAAUUUUUAAACAUAUUUUAUUCAAUUGCUUAUUUUGUUUGUAAGAGACAAAUUAAACAAUUUAUUGAGACACUGGCUUGCAGAGACAAAUAACAAAGCAACUCAUUAAAUGUCAUUAAAGAUGACACACACAGCCAUAAGCUAGAAGAGAGGUUAUAGCUGUAACCCUGGUACUCUGAAGCUGUUUUUGAAACACUUUUUUAAAUAAAUAGUGUUUACUGCAGUGAUCAAGAAUUAUGCAAAGCUGGUGGAGUCUCUGUAGCCAUAUGACCAUGUUAGAAGACUGUUCUUCACUACUGCUGCACUGUAAGGUUCUUCAUUUUGGCCUUAAUAAUGACACUCCACUCUGAGGCAGUUCCAUACAUGUAUAACAGGGUACACAGUGGGUUAUGUCUGUUAACCUUCAUUCCAACAUUUGAUUUUAUUUUCUUUGCACUGAUAAAGUGAUGUUUCAUUGGUCUCUCGCUGUACCUGGACAUAUUUAUAGACUUUUACAUGGAGCUGUUUGACUCUUCUUUGAAUUAUAUCCUCACUCUGAGUUCGCUGUAGGAGUGGUGUAGAUGCUUCUGCCAAAGGCUGCAACAUGUACGUGUCAUUGGCAUCAAACCGUUUUCUUCUCAUCUUGUUUACGUGGCUCAAGCAUUCUUGAAAACACAAACCAACACUAAAGAAGCAUUAGUGUAACUUAAGGUACUAGAUGCAUUUCAUGUCCGAUCAACCUCUAUAGUAUAAUGUUGUUUUUUUGUACAAAAAUGUUGUAAAUACAAUAACUUUUGUAAGUGUCACAAAGGUUGUUGAAUUGUUUCUUAUGUAAAAAAAAUAUGUUUUGAACGUUUACAUUCAUUUCAGACCUUUGUAUAUUUUUGAGCUGUGGAACACUUUGUCUUGUAUUUAUUUUUUAGUAAGCAUUGUGGAAAUCCCAUAGUAGAUCCUAUCGAAGCCAACUGUGAGCACAACAGGCUGCUUAGCAAAUGUGUAUAAAACAGACAAAUAAAUGUGACUGCUUUGAAAAUGAA